CAUACGCUAACGGGACAUUCCGGCAAGGUGCUCGCCGCAAAAUUCCUGGGAGAGCCGUCCAAAGUGGUGACUGGUAGUCACGACCGUACAUUGAAAAUCUGGGAUCUCAGAAGUCGAGCAUGUAUUGAAACGAAAUUCGCUGGGUCCAGUUGCAACGAUCUGGUCACGGUCGAUGGAGCCGGAUCCAUCAUCAUCAGCGGACAUUUCGACAAGAGGAUCCGAUUCUGGGACACCAGGACCGAAUCCAGCGCGCACGACAUCGUCCUCAACGGAAAAGUCACCUCUUUGGACUUAUCCAGGG